GGGAUUGACUAUAGUCAGUGCUUUGGGAGGCUACGAAGCAACUUCUAGGAUACGACGAACGACUCGACGACGCGUCUGUGCGACGGGACGGCCCUAAGUGUAUUCGCGAAUACGCAUUAUCGGUGAAGUGAAAAGUGAAGUUCCAAAGGAGCGUUCUCUUACAAGAAGACGGAGUUAAUGUCCAUGUUAUCGGUAUAAGAAUAAGAAAUAAAGCAUGGGAGUGGCAGAGGAUUUCGCUCCCAGCUUCACCCAGAAACCGCAAUUGCGGCAAGAGGAUGAUGGCAAUCGCCUGAUUUUUGAGUGUCAACUAUUGUCAUCGCCAAAACCAGAUAUUCAAUGGUAUAGGAGUGAUACGCUACUUGCCGAAGAUGGCAGGACUAACUUUAAGAUCCAGUCGAUCGGCACUAACAAGUUCCUGGUGGUCUUGGAAUUGGACGAUGUUAUUGAAACCGAUGCCGGUCUGUACAAGGUCAAAGCAAAGAACAAGAUGGGCGAAGUAUCGGCAUCCAUCAAUCUAAAUUUCAGUCCUAUGGACGAACCGCGAGAAAAACAAAUUGAUGGCAUCGCCCCUACUUUUGCGAAAAAACCAGCCAUCCGCCAGGAAGAAGAUGGCAAGAGGCUACUCUUCGAGUGCAGAAUCCAAGCGGAUCCCCGCCCUGUAGUCAAUUGGUUUCACAACACCAAUCCCGUAUCAGAGUCUCCACGUCACAAGCUGAGGAUCGAUAAAGAUGGACAUUCGUAUUUUGCAACCCUUGAAAUUCAAAAUGUCACAGUUGAGGAUGCUGGCAAAUACAAGGUCACUGCAAAGAACGAGUUGGGAGAAAGUAACGCAACCAUCAGUUUGAAUUUCGACAGCGAUGAGGCUCCAGUCCCAGAUGAUGGCAUCAAGCCCACCUUCACCGAGAGGCCGGUCAUCCGACAGAGCGACGAUGGAAACAAAAUCACAUUCGAGUGCAGAUGCGUCGGUGAUCCAACACCGGUACUCCAAUGGUUCCAUGGUAACAGUGAGCUGAGCGCCGGCGGACGAUACUCGAUGUCGAUGGUGAUGGAUCAAAAACUGUACUAUCUGGCCAGGUUGGAGAUCGAUAAUGUAGAGAAUGGAGACAAAGGCGAAUAUAGAGCCGUAGCAAAGAACAAGUAUGGUGUCGGCACUGCCACCAUUAAUCUGAACUUCGAAGGAGACGGUAAACCAAAGAUUCCUGAUGGAAAAGCACCGAGGUUCCCGAAGAAACCGACAAUCCGUCAAGAAGGCGACAUCCUUGUUAUGGAAUGCAUGCUGGAGGCGAAUCCCGCACCAGAUAUCACAUGGUUCCAAGGGACCAAAGCAAUUGCUGACAAUUCGCGCGUACGCAUGUUGAGGAAGGCCAUCGGCAAAGAUAACUACAUGCUUACGCUUGAGAUAUCGAAUCCAACUCGCGAAGACGGCGGCAAUUAUCGCUGUAACGCGUUCAAUAACUUCGGCGAAAGCAAUGCAAACAUAUCGCUUAAUUUCCAAGGCGGAGACAACGCAGCUGGAUAUGCACCUUCGUUCAUUGAGAAACCGAAAAUCAUACCUAAUGACACAGGUACCCUUAUAACCAUGAAAUGCAAGUGUAAAGCCAAGCCAAAACCAGAAGUCACCUGGUUUAGGGGAACUACCGCCGUGAAGGAAUCAUCGAAGAUUAAGAUGACAGUAGUCGACAAAGAGGAGGAAAUUUACGAACUAUCACUCGAAAUCAAGGAUCCCUCGGGACCCGACGGCGGCACCUACAGGUGUCACGUACAAAACGAAUUUGGCGAAAGCAACGCAAAUCUUAACUUGAACAUUGAGGCUGAACCGGAACCAGAGGGCGAUGGACCUACGUUUGUGGAGAAGCCACGUAUCACCUCGCACCAAGGCGGAAAAUUGGUGAUCAUGGACUGCAAAGUUCGUGCUAACCCUAAGCCGACAAUCGUGUGGUACCGCGAAGGCAAAGUCGUUUCAGAAUCAAGCAAAAUUAAGAUUAGCUUCGAAAAAGUUAGCGAAGAUAUCUACUACAUCAAAUUGGAACUUAAGGAUCCAGGCACCGAGGACUCAGGUCUUUACAAAUGCAACAUCAAAAACGAUUUGGGCGAAUUGAACGCCAAUCUUACACUCAACAUCGAAAUUAUCCCAGUGAUUAAGGAGAAACCAAAGGUGAUUAAGAUUGUCAAAAAGCGCACAGUUAUCGUUGAGUGCAAGGUUCUCAGCAAAUUCGAACCAGAAUGCACAUGGUUCAAGGAAUCGACAGCAAUCAAGGAAGGCGCGCGGCACAAAGUGCGCAUUGAACAAGUCAAAGAUGGCGAGUUUGCAAUCAAACUGGAAAUAUCCGAAGUCGAAUCUAAAGACAAAGGUUCAUACAAAUUGGUUGCGCGCAACGAGAAGGGAGAAGCUACCUCGCAAAAUGUGGAAGUAACUGAUCUUCCACCGGAGGAGAAGCCGAAGGGUGAAAAACCAAAGAUCACAAAACUCACCAAUGUCUCCAUUGAAGAAGGCAAAUCUUGCGACUUUAUUUCAAGCCUUAAAGUAUCCGAAACAACUGUCAUCAUCACCUGGUAUAAGAACACAACCAUAAUCAAAGAAUCUACUGACAUCAAGAUCACAUUCGAUGGUUCCGUUGCUCGUCUGAGUAUCAGCAAAUGCAAAGUUUCACAUGCCGGUACUUACAAAAUCGUCGCCAAGAACGAAUUUGGCGAGGACGAAUCGACUGCCAUCCUGACAGUUUCCGAAAAGAAGGAGGAGGAGAAAGAGGAAGAAAAGAUCGAAGAAAAGAAGAAGGUCGAAGAAAAGAAAAAGGUCGAGGAAAAGAAGAAGGUUGAGGAGAAAAAGAAGGUCGAAGAAAAGAAAAAGGAAGAAGAAAAGAAGGUUAACGACGUAGCCAAAAAGAAGGUCGAAAAGAAAGAGGAGAUCGUUGAAAAGAAAGCAGAAAGAAGGUCUUCAGUUCAAAAGGUCGAACAGAAAAUUGAAUCCAGAAGGAGUUCCGUUAUCAAAACGGAGGAAACUAUCAUUCAGGAUGGUGAAUCAAGGUCAGCCAGUAGAAGGUCUUCGAUCCAACAGGAGGAAGAAACAAUUUCCGAAUCUAGACGCUCGUCCAUUGUCGAAGAAAAGAAAAAGAAGAAGGUCAUCAAAUCCAAGGGAGAAAAGUUAGAGUCGACACCGGAAACCAAAACACCCACGACACCAACAAAUGACAUUGAAUCCAAAUUCGCUAAAGCUUCGGAGGACGAGAAAAAGACGGCGGUGAAGCCUGAAAAGAAGGUCGAGCCACAGAAGGCUGCUGAACCUGAUAAGAAGGUGGAACCAGUUGCAAAGGUUGAACCGGCAACAAAAUUAGAAACACCUGACAUAAAGAAAACACCGGAGAUUAAAGAACCGAAGAAAGCACCGGAGAUUAUUGAACCCGAAGAAACAACAAAGACAGGUCGAAAAUUAUCUGUUAAGACCGAAGAGAAGAUGACCAACGAGAAAGUGAAAUUGCAAUCGAAGACUCGGAUUCCACCGAAAUCUACAAAACUUGAAUCGUUUAUAAACGUUCAACUGAAACCUGUAGUUCGAGAUGCAAAACAGGCAGAACAGGCUAGUCUAGAUCAUGAUCUGAAGAAGGCGACGGAGAAAACGAAAGAAGUCGAAAAGAAGAAGGUCGUUAAGAAAGAGGAGAAAGAGAAGGUCUUCGAUUUGCCAGUAAUUCCAGAUUACGAUAGACCUGUACUAGAGAAAUAUGAAAAGGGACCUGAAUACGAGUACGGUGGCCGAGAUAAAACUAAACUCGUCAAGGACAAACCUGCGCUGCCCGAAGUUAAGAAGCCAGUGAUCGAAGUUAAGAAACCAGAAGCACCUAAGAUCGAAGUAGUCAAGGAGAAGACACCGGAACCGAGGAAGGCUUCUUUGGCGCCUGGAUCGGGUGCAUCAAGCCGACGAGGCUCCCUUAUCCCACCGGAGGAUAUGGGACGUAGAGCCUCUCUCAUCAUCACAGACGAGGGUGGAAAAUUGAGACCUGGUGAAGUACUCGAUACAAAGGUGAGAUUUGUAAGACCGGGAGAAUUGCAAGGCCCGAACGAAAAGCAGCGUCGUCGUCCCAGUUCUGACGUCCGCAGACCAAGCAUCGCCGAUAUGGAGGACUUUAUUAAUAAAGUCUCGACACCUCUGCGUCCAUCCGGAUCCGGCGGACCGCCAAGCAUUGUUGAUGUACAGGAAAGUUAUUCUGCUGUUGAAGACCAAAAUGGUUACAUCGGUGUGCAAGUCGAGGGUAAUCCGCCACCAACAUUCAAAUUCUAUAAGGGUGUCACUGAAAUCAUCGAAGGAGGUCGUUUCAAGUACAUCACUGAGAGCGAUAGCAAUAUGAUCACACUCUGCAUCCGCAAAGUUAAACCCAACGAUGAGGGUCAAUAUAAGAUUAUUGUGAGCAAUAUCCACGGUGAAGAUUCUGCUGAGAUGAUGCUCUAUGUAUCUGAUGCUAGCGGAAUGGACUUCCGCGCUAUGCUCAAGAAGAGGAAAUACGCCAAAUGGGGCGAGAAGAAGGACGACCCAGAUUGGGGUGACCUGAAGGAGGUGGAAAAACCGAUGCCUCAGCUCAAGAAAGUCGAACAGAAAAAGGAAACAUUCUUGAAACCACUUAUCGAUCAAUUCGCCAAGGAAGGAAAAGACAAGAAGGUCGUUUUCGAAGCGGCAUUCUCCAAACCAAACUGCAAACCCAAAUGGAUGUUCAGGAAAGAUGAACUAUUCCCUGGCUCUAAGUACAAGUUCAAGAACGAAAAUGACACUUAUCAAUUGGUUAUCAUGAAUCCCAAAGUGGAUGAUACUGGCAAAUACACCAUUGAAAUUGGAGGUGUUUCCAGUAUAGGUUAUCUGAACGUCGACGAACCUGAUCCAAUAUACACGUUCACCAAGCAAUUGAAGAAGAAGUACGAUGGUUACACCAAGCACGAAACUAUAUUGGAGUGCCAUGUCAGCUCCAACAUGGCGAUUGUCGGCUGGUACAAAGGUACAGUCAAAUUGGAAGACGGCAACAAAUAUUCUAUCUCAAAGGAUUUGUCCGGUGUUUGCAAAUUAACCAUCAAAGAAUGCGAGAUCGAGGAUAGCACCGAAUACUCUUGUAAACUCGAGAAGCAAACUGAAAAUAAUAGAACCGUGACUCAAGUCACCAUCGUCGAAUAUCCUUACAAGUUCGUAAAAGUACUGAAACAUCAACAGCUCGUUGAGAAGGAAAACAUUACAUUAGUGUGCGAAUUGGAUGAUGCCUCUGGCGAUGUCAAGUGGUUCAAAGGAACACAAGAAAUCACCGGCGAUAAACGUCUGGUAGUUACCAAGGAUGGACGUAAACGUAAGCUGGUUGUCAAGGAUGCUAAAGUUACCGACGCUGGAAUGUAUUCUUGCGUCAGCAACGCUGACAAGACAGAAGCUGAAAUUGUUAUCAACUAUCUGAACAGGUUCAACAAAAAACUGAAAGAUACUGACGCCAUUGAGCGCGAGAAGCUCAUCCUGGAAGUUGAACUGCAAGAUCAAACCGCUCCAGCGGAAUGGACUUUCAAUGGCAAACCUAUCGUACCCUCUGAAAGAAUUGAAAUUAAGAACUUGGGCGGUGGUAAGCACCAGCUCGUCUUUAAUAAACUUGAGAUGGAAGACGAUGGCGAAAUUAUGUGUGAAUCUGGUAAAAUGCAGUCUUCCAUGAAACUGUCCGUUAAGAAGGGUGAGAGCAAACCCACAAUCGAUUUCCCUACGACGUUCGAAGCUUCGGCUAGCUCUAUGAUUCUUAUGGAUGUCCCAUACACAAUUGAUGGCACCCGGCAAACGCCAGUCGAAGCCAAGAUCAUCAAGGAUGGCAAAAUUCUUCCGCUUAAGGAAGUGGACGUCGUGAUUGGUGAGAACAAGGUCACUUAUAAAUUCAAGAAGCCUGCUCGCGAACAAUCUGGAAUGUAUCAAAUCAAACUGUCCAAUGGACAAGGAGAAGAUGUUAAGGAUGUCAAUAUCAUCAUGCAGACUACGCCCGCUCCACCAGAAGAAGUUAACGUAUUUGAUAUAUUCCAAACCUCCUGCCAAGUAUCAUGGAAGAAGCCCGUCGACGAUGGUGGUGCUCCAAUUGCUCACUAUAUCGUAGAAAGACAGGACCUCAGUCUGAAAGCUGGUUGGGAUAACGUUGGAGAAGUUCCAGCUGGUCAAGCUACAACAUACAAAGUAGAAGGACUCAUUCACAAGAAGCAGUACAAAUUCCGUAUUCGUGCGGUAAAUAAGCUCGGCGCCGGAGAACCAGCCACUUUCGGUAAACCCGUUCUCGCCAAGGAUCCCUGGGAUGAACCAAGUAAACCCAAGGACGUUGAGGUUGUGGAUUGGGAUAAGGACCAUGCGGACCUCAAGUGGAACAAGCCUGAUAACGAUGGUGGUGCUCCAAUCACCGGGUACAUCAUUGAAUUCAAAGACAAGUUUGGCCAGGAAUGGAAGAAAGGGGUAGAAGUACCCGGAGAAAUGUUCAAUGGAACAGUUCCAGGUCUCAAGGAAGGUGGUCAAUACGAAUUCAGAGUUCGUGCGGUUAACAAGGCUGGACCUGGUGAACCUAGCGACACCACUAAACCAAUCAUCGCUAAGUGCAGAUUUGUUAAGCCUUACAUUAUCGGUAAUGAUCUGAUUAAUAUUAUCGUUAAAAAGGGACAAGUUAUCAAGUAUGAUAUUAAAUAUGGCGGUGAGCCUGAACCAGAAGUCACUUGGUUAUUGGAAAAGAAGGAGAUCAAGCAAGAUGCUGAAGAACGUAUUACUUUAGACAAAUACGAAAAGAACACAGUUAUCACUGUACGCAGAACUACUCGUGCCGACAGCGGUAAAUAUACCUUGAGACUGACAAACACUUCAGGUACUUGUGAAGGUGUCGCCGAUGUCGUAGUUCUUGACAAACCUACACCACCAAAGGGACCACUUAAAAUCGAGGAAGUUAGAUCCGACCACGUUAAAGUUAAAUGGCAGAGACCUGAUGACAAUGGUGGUAGCGAUAUCACCGGUUACGUACUGGAAAGAUUGGAUAUGGAUACUGGUCGCUGGAUUCCGGCUGGCGAAGUAGGACCAAAUGAUGAUAACUUCACAUUCAAGGGAUUGACGCCCAAAAAGAAGUACAAGUUCCGUGUUAGAGCCAAAAACAAGGAAGGCGAGUCCGAACCCCUGGAAACUGAAGACGCGAUUACUGCCAAGAAUCCCUACGAUGAACCACCAGCUCCGGGUAAACCGGAGAUCGUUGAUUAUGACAACAAGAGUGUUACGCUGAAAUGGGAGAAACCAGAAAACGACGGUGGUCGCCCGAUUUCUCACUACACUAUUGAAAUGAAAGACAAAUUUAGUCCUGAUUGGAUUGAAGUUACUACUACUGAAGGACCAGAACCCGAGGGUAAAGUUGAGGGAUUGAAGGAGAAGAUGGUAUACCAAUUCCGUGUACGAGCCCACAACAAGGCAGGAAAAGGUGCCCCAUCAGAAGCUACUGACAAUCACUUGUGCAAACACAAGAACCUCAAACCUCGCAUUGAUCGCGAAAUGUUCAAGUCGAUCAUUAUUAAAGCAGGCCGUACACACAAAUGGUCUGUGGACAUAUCUGGUGAACCAGCGCCAACUGUUAAAUGGGUAUGGAGAGACGAAAUACCUUUAACCAACAGUGAUCGUAUUAAGAUCGAGAAUGUUGAUUACCAUACCGAUUUCACUCUUACAAAUUCCGUCCGUAAAGAUACCGGCAAAUAUACAUUGAUUGCCGAAAACGUUAACGGCAAAGAUGAAGUUACUGUCGAGCUGACAGUGCUCGGUAAACCGGGAUCACCAAAGGGUCCUUUAGAAGUCUCCGAUGUUACUGCCAACAAAUGCAAAGUUGGUUGGAAGAAACCGGAAGAUGACGGUGGUUGUCCCAUCAAGGAAUACGAAAUCGAAAAAAUGGAUUUGGCAACCGGUAAAUGGGUUCGCUGUGGACGUGUUCCCGUUGACAAAAUGGGUGAUAAACCAGACGAAUUGGAGUUUGAAGUAACUGGUCUUAAUCCAGGAUCAGAAUACAAGUUCCGUGUAACAGCUGUAAAUGACGAGGGCGAUUCCGAACCAUUGACCAGCCUUCAAGGAACAGUUGCCAAAAAUCCAUUCGAUGAACCUGGCAAGCCUGGUACUCCAGAGAUCACUGACUACGACAACAAGGGUGUCAAUCUCAAAUGGGCUAAGCCUAAGAAUGACGGUGGUGCACCAAUUGAAAAAUACAUUAUUGAAAAGAAAGACAAAUACAAGCCUGAUUGGGAGAAAGCUGGAGAAGUUUCCGGUGAUAGUCUUGAAGCCAGAAUUGAAGAUCUCAAAGAACGUGGAGAAUAUCAAUUCCGUGUUGUCGCUGUUAAUAAAGCCGGCCCCGGAUCACCAUCCGAUGCUUCCAACAUGCAAAUCAUUAAGCACAGAUCACUUAAACCAAGAAUCGAUCGCACAAAUCUUAAACCAAUUAUUGUACGUGCUGGUAAAGUCAUUAAGUAUGAUAUUGAUGUGAGAGGUGAACCUCCACCAACUAUAACCUGGUAUCAAAAUGACAAAGAAGUGUUAUCCCAGGAGAAUGUUGAAAUUGUCAAUGUUGAUUACAAUACCAAAUUGACGAUUACCAAUUCGAUCCGCAAGAACACGGGCUUGUACAAAAUUAAAGCCGUCAAUGAGCACGGUCAAGAUGAGGCCGAAGUUGAGGUCUCUGUUUUAUCAUCACCUGGUAGACCUAAGGGUCCACUCAAAGUGGCCGACGUUACAAAGAAUGGCGCUAAGCUGAAAUGGGAGAAACCCGAAGACGAUGGCGGUAAACCAAUUACCGGAUACGUCGUUGAAAAACUGGAUAAAGCUACAGGCCGAUGGGUCCCUGUUGGUAGAACAAACGACACAGAAAUGGAUGUUAAAGGUUUACAAGAGGGACACGAAUAUCAGUUCAGAGUAAAGGCCAUUAACGAUGAAGGCGAAUCAGAGCCCUUGGAAAGCGACGGUUCUAUUGUCGCAAAGAAUCCUUACGAUAUUCCCGGCAAACCUGGUACUCCACAAAUUGUUGACUGGGAUGCCGAUAGGGUUGACCUCAAAUGGACCGCUCCUAAGAGUACCGGCGGUGCACCUAUUACUGGUUAUGUAAUUGAGAAGAAAGAGAAAUUUUCUACAUCUUGGGAUGAAAUUCACAGCACCAAUACUCCAGAUUGUGAUGCGACCGUGCCUGGCCUGAAAGAAGGAAACACCUACCAAUUCCGUGUGAGAGCUGUUAACAAAGCAGGACCUGGUGAACCGUCUGAUGCUACCAACCCGCAUGUGGCUAAGGCCAGACAUCUGAGACCACUCAUCAACAGGGACAAGUUGCACACCGUCAAGGUACGCGCUGGACAAUUGGUGAAAUUCGAUGUUGACGUUCGCGGUGAGCCUCCACCAAAGAUCACCUGGAGUUUCGCUGGCAAACCUCUGGAAAGUACAACACAUACCAAGAUUGAAAACGAAGACUAUAACACUAAGUUAGCGAUCGCAGACACAACUCGCAAGGAUACAGGCACUUACACCAUUCGUGCCGAGAACGAAUCUGGAUUCGAUGAAGCUCCUGUGGAGGUAAUCAUCUUGGAUAAACCUGGUAAACCAGAGGGACCAUUGGAAGUAACCGACGUUCACAAAGAAGGUUGCAAGGUUAAGUGGAACAAACCUAAAGAUGAUGGUGGCUUACCGAUUACUGGCUAUACUGUUGAGAAGCAGGAAGCCGGUAGCGGCCGAUGGGUACCUGCUGGUUUUGUAGAUGCCGACAAACUGGAUCUGGAACUUACAGGUCUGGAACCGAACAAGAAAUACCACUUCCGUGUAAAGGCCGUCAACGAGGAAGGCGAAUCUGAACCUCUUGAAACAGAUACUGCCAUUACCGCAAAGAAUCCAUACGAUAUCCCAGCAGCUCCAGGUCUUCCGGAGAUUGUUGAUUGGGAUGAACACUCUGUAAAACUUAAAUGGGAAAAACCUGUUCGCGAUGGUGGAGCUCCUAUUACUGGCUACGUCAUUGAAGCUAUGGACAAAUUUGUUGGUCAAUUCGUAAAGGUUGCUGAAGUCGGACCUACCUGCACCGGAACAGUUCCGAAACUGGAAGAAGGAAACCAAUACAAAUUCCGCAUUCGUGCAGUAAACAAAGCCGGUCCAUCUGAACCUUCCGAACAAACCAACUGGCACACCGCUAAGGCCCGAUUCUUGAAACCAUUGAUCGAUCGUACAAACUUGAACGCUCUAACAAUCAAGACUGGAUUAUCCAUCCACUUGGACGUAAACGUCGCUGGAGAACCAGCACCAGUUAUUACAUGGUUCCGCGAUGGCAAAGAAAUUACAUCCGAUGAAAUUAUUCGCAUCGAUAACAUUGAUUAUAACACGAAAUUCUUCGUCAUGAAGGCAAAACGUAAUCUCAGUGGCAAAUACACAAUUACCGCCAAGAACGAGGUCGGUGAAGAUACUGCCGAUAUCCAAAUUACAGUACUGGGUAAACCAGGCAAACCAAAGGGUCCAUUAGAUGUUUCCGAUGUGACGAAACACGGAUGCAAGUUGAAAUGGAAGAAACCCGAAGACGAUGGUGGUACUCCAAUCGAUUACUAUGAAAUUGAAAAACUUGAUCCAAUUACCGGUAGCUGGAUUCCGUGCGCUAAGAGCUCGGAACCUGAAGCAAAUAUUACCGGUUUGCAGGAAGGUAAACCAUACAAGUUCAGGGUAAAGGCCGUGAACAAAGAAGGCGAAUCUGAGCCUCUUGAAACAGAGAAAACGAUUAUUGCCAAGAAUCCGUUUGAUGAACCUGGCAAACCUGGCCGCCCCGACCUCAAGGACUGGGACAAAGAUUUCGUGGAAUUGGCUUGGAAACCACCAGCAAGCGAUGGUGGUGCUCCAAUUGAUAAGUACAUCAUUCAAAUGCACGACAAGGCUGGUCGUGGCUGGACCGAUGCUGCGGUAGUUUCUGGAGACAAAACUACUGGACGUGUAGAAACCGUCGAAGAAGGACACGAAUACGAAUUCCGUAUUGUUGCUGUUAACAAGGCUGGUCCUGGCGAGCCUAGUGAUCCUUCGAAACCUGUGAUCGCAAAACCGAGAUUCCUUGCACCACGCAUCGACCGCAAGAAUUUGCAAAAGAAGAUACUUAGGGUUGGACAACUCCUUCGCAUGGAUGCCGACGUUACUGGCGAACCUGCACCAGUUGUCACUUGGACUCUUAAAGAGCAACUCCUGAGAAACACUGACCGUUUAAAGAUCGAGAACGAAGACUAUAAGACAUCCUUUACUCUUCAAAAAUGCAAACGCUCCGACACCGGUAUUUAUAUCGUUACCGCUAAGAACGAUAGUGGUGUUGACACAGUAGAAGUCGACAUCCAAGUUCUUAGCAAACCAACCAAACCAAAGGGACCACUCAAAGUAUCAGACGUUACCGCCGAAGGCUGUAAACUUAAAUGGGAACCACCAGAAGAUGAUGGUGGUGAGCCAAUUUCCGGUUAUGUUGUGGAAAGACAAGACGUUGAAACCGGCAGAUGGGUACCAGUUACCACUACUAAAACUCCGGAAGCUGAUGUUACUGGAUUAACUGAAGGAAAAGAUUACCAGUUCCGUGUAAGAGCUGUUAACUCUGAAGGAGAAUCUGAACCUCUCGUCACAGACCUUCCAACAACAGCCAAGAAUCCAUUCAAAGAACCAGAUGCACCUGGUAAACCAGAAAUCAAGGACUGGAGUCGCAAUCAUGCUGAUCUUAAAUGGACUCCACCCAAAGACGAUGGCGGCGUACCCAUUACUGGUUACAUCGUUGAAAAGAAGGAUCCGUCUGGUACCAAAUGGAUCAAGGUUAUGGAAGUGCCUGGAAACAAAACUGAUGCCCGAGUACCUGAUCUUAUCGAAGGUCAGAAAUACCAAUUCCGUGUGAAGGCAGUCAAUAAGGGAGGAGAGAGUAAACCAUCUCCACCUUCGGAAACGAUAACUGCUAAAGACAGAUUUGUACCUCCCAAGAUCGAUCGCAGCACGUUGCGAGACCUUACAGUCAAGGCUGGUCAACAAAUUCGCCUCGACGUUAAGAUCUCCGGUGAACCUCCACCAACGAAGUCCUGGUUCCUUAACAAGGCUAGACUUGAAAAGGGUGAUGACUAUAAUAUCGAAUUAGAAGAUUAUAGAACCAAACUAGUCAUCACCUCUGCUAAACGUUCUCACACUGGUAUAUUGGUUAUCAAAGCUGAGAACACGUCUGGCAAGGAUGAAGCAAGCAUUGAAAUUAAAGUACUGGAUAAACCAAGUAAACCAGAAGGUCCUCUUAAGAUCAGUGAUGUGCACAAAGAAGGUUGCACACUCAAAUGGAAUCCACCAGUGGAUGAUGGCGGUGUUCCUAUUGAAUUCUACGCAGUAGAAAAACUGGAUCCAGAUACAGGCCGUUGGGUCGCUGCCGGUCGCUCGAAGGAACCAAAAAUCGAGCUGAACAACUUAGAACCUGGAAAGGAAUAUAAAUUCAGGGUUGCAGCAGUUAAUGCUGAAGGAGAAUCAGAACCUCUCGAAGCCGAACAAAGUAUCAUUGCUAAAAAUCCAUUCGACGAACCUGGAGCUCCUGGAACUCCGGAAGUUACCGACUGGGACAAGGAUCAUGUUGAUCUCAGAUGGACCCCACCAGCUAACGAUGGUGGGUCUCCAAUCACAGGAUACGUUAUCGAGAAGAGGGAAAAGGGUUCUCCACGCUGGACCAAAGCUGGAGAAACUGGACCACACGACACCAAAGGCACUGCUGAUAAUUUAGACGAAGGUGUUGAAUAUGAAUUCCGAGUUCGCGCAAUAAAUGCUGCUGGACCUGGAGAACCAAGCAACGCCUCUAAAUCUGUAGUGACGAAGCCUCGCAGAUUGGCUCCUAAGAUUGAUAGGAAGAACCUGCGUGAUCUAACUGUCAGAGAAGGCGAACCUAUUUAUAUUGAUGUUAAGAUUAUCGGAGAGCCAGCACCUACAGUGUCGUGGUAUCUUGAUAAUAAGUCAAUAGCCUCUCCUAGAGUACGUAUCGACGAUAUCCCAUAUAACUCCAAGUUCUUCAACGAUAAUCCUGAAAGGAAGGACAGUGGAGUAUAUAAAAUUCAAGCAACGAAUAAGUAUGGUCAAGAUACCGCCGAAAUUGAAAUCAAUAUAAUUUCUAAGCCAGGAAAGCCCGAAGGACCAUUGGAGGUGUCGGAUAUCCACAAGGAUGGAUGCACACUGAAAUGGAAGAAACCAAAGGAUGACGGUGGUGAGCCAAUCGAAGGUUACGUUGUUGAGAAAUUCGAUCCAGAAACUGGAUUAUGGUUGCCUGCUGGAAAAACUAUUGGCAACACUCCAGAAUUGGCCGUAGAUGGUCUCAUUCCUGGUCACGAAUAUAAAUUCCGUGUCAAGGCUCUUAACAAGGAGGGUGAAUCUGAACCUCUCGAAACUCUUGGCAGCAUCAUUGCCAGAGAUCCAUUCACCAAUCCGAGUAAACCAGGUGCACCAGAACCAGAAGAUUGGUCUGCUAACCAUGUUGAACUUAAAUGGGCCGAACCACCAUCAGAUGGAGGAUCACCGAUCACUGGAUAUAUUAUCGAAAGGAAGGAUAAAUACAGUCCAAUGUGGGAAAAGGCUUUGGAAACCACAAGCUCAUCUCCAACUGCUACCAUCAACGGACUUAUUGAGGGCAAUGAAUAUCAAUUCCGUGUCAUUGCUGUCAACAAGGCAGGUCAAAGUGAACCUUCAGAACCUGGCAAAACAUUCGUUGCCAAGCCUAGAUUCCUUGCACCUCGCAUCGACAGAAGACAUCUUCAUGAUGUUACUAUUUCUGCUGGAUCUGCUCUCAAAUUCGAUGCCAAUAUUAUAGGCGAACCUGCUCCAACUGUAGAAUGGAGAUUCCAAGGAUCUAGAAUGACAAGCGAUAAGACUAUCGAUAUUACAAAUGUAGAAUACAAUACUAAAUUGGUAAUUCGUCCUGUUAAACGAGAAAAUACUGGCGAGUACAACGUAACCGCAACGAACAGUUCUGGAAAGGAUACCCACACUAUUAAUGUGACUGUAACAGAUAAACCUACUUCACCUGAAGGACCUUUGCAAAUAUCCGAUGUUAAUAAGCAUGGUUGCAAAUUGAAGUGGAAACGCCCGAAAGAUGACGGUGGCACUCCAAUUGAAUAUUACCAGGUUGAGAAGAUGGACCCAGAAACUGGAUGCUGGGUACCUGCUGGAAGAUCCACAGAACCAUCAAUGGAAGUGACUGGCCUUAGUCCAGGUCAUGAGUACAAAUUUAGAGUGGCUGCAGUAAAUGCAGAAGGUGAAUCAAAACCACUAGAAGCUGAAGAAACCAUUGUUGCUAAGAAUCCAUUCGACGAACCUGGAGCGCCUGGACACCUUAAGGCGACUGACUGGGACAAGGAUCACGUUGACUUGGCCUGGACUCCACCAAAGGAUGAUGGUGGUUCUCCAGUGACCGGUUACAUUAUUGAAAAGAAGGAUAAGUUUGGCGACUGGGAGAAGGCUUUGGAAGUACCCGGAGAUCAAUUAAAGGCGACCGUGCCUGACUUAACUGAAGGACAACCGUACCAAUUCCGUGUGCGUGCCGUCAAUGCUGCCGGUCCAGGUGACGCUAGUAAUGAAACACCAACAAUCAUUGCCAAGCCACGCAAUUUGGCACCAAAGAUCGAUAGGACAAACCUUAUCGAAGUUCGAAUCAGGGCUGGACAAAACUUCAACUUUGAUGUUAAAGUCACCGGUGAGCCUAUGCCUGAAACCAAAUGGUUGCUCAAGGGAAAAGAAGUUAAGAAUGACAACAGAACCAAAGUGCAGCAUGGUGAAUAUAUUACCAAGAUUAAUAUACGUAAUGCAACUCGCGGCGAGUCGGGAACCUACACCAUCACCGCUGAGAACAUCAACGGCAAGGAUAUCGCUGAAGUUGAAGUUACUGUUCUUGAUAAACCUAGCCCACCAAAUGGACCCCUUAAAGUAUCCGACGUUCAUGCGAAGGGAUGCAAACUCAACUGGAGGCCACCGUCUGACGAUGGAGGUCAACCCGUCGAAAAGUAUGUUGUUGAAAAGAUGGACGAGGCCACCGGAAGGUGGAUUCCUGCAGGAGAAACCGAAGGACCUGUCACGUCACUGGAUGUGGAUGGUCUUACACCUGGAAAGAAAUAUAAAUUCAGGGUUUCUGCUGUUAACAAGCAGGGCAAAUCUGAGCCAUUGACAACCACCCAAGCUAUCGAAGCUAAGAAUCCGUUCGAUGAACCUGGAAAGCCGGGAGUUCCUGAAAUCAUUGAUUACGACAAGGACUUUGUUGAGCUCAAAUGGGAUAAACCAGAGAGCGAUGGCGGAUCUCCAAUUACAGGCUACGUCAUUGAGAAGCGCGAUAAAUUCAAUCCUAAUUGGGAAAAAUGCGCCGAGGUUGAAGGAGAUGUUUCUGUUGGCAAAGUGAAAGAUCUGAUCGAAGGAACUCCAUAUGAAUUCCGUAUUCGUGCUAUCAACAAAGCUGGACCAGGAGAGCCAAGCGAUGCUUCCAAGAUUCACGUGGCCAGAGCUAAAAAUCUGCCACCUAAGAUUGACAGAAACGUGUUCUUGGAUAUCAAAAUCAAAGCAGGACAGACUUUCGAAUUCAAUGUACCAAUUAUUGGUGAACCACCACCAAGCAAGGAAUGGGAAGUCAAAGGAACAUUCCUCAUUGCAACUGAUCGUAUUAAGAUUACCAAUGAGGAUUACAUGGCCAGGUUACGAAUCACCGAUGCUAAACGUUCCGACAGUGGUCCUUACCAACUGACUGUUAAGAACAUCAAUGGCAGGGAUUCUCACACUGUUAAUGUAACCGUGUUGGAUAUUCCUUCCCCACCAGAAGGACCUCUUAAAGCUGAUAAUGUUACCAAAUCAUCGGUUACACUGCACUGGCGACCACCGAAGGACGAUGGUGGUUCUGAAAUCAGUCAUUAUACAGUGGAGAAACAAGAUGCUGAAACUGGCCGUUGGGUGCCAGUUGGAGAUUCUAUUGGUACACAGAUGCGCGUCGAUCAUCUUGCAGAAGGUCAUGACUACAAGUUCCGUGUUCGAGCUGUUAACAAGCAAGGAGAUUCUCUUCCUUUGACCACAUCGGAGAGCAUCACCGUUAAAGAUCCGUUCACGAAACCAGAUAGGCCCGGACAACCCGUGGCUACCGAUUGGGACAAGGAUCAUGUCGAUCUUGAAUGGACUGCACCAAAGAAGGAUGGAGGUGCUCCAAUCUCCUCAUACAUCAUUGAAAAGAAACCUAAACAUGGAACCUGGGAAAAGGCUUGCGAAAUUCCCGGCGGUCAGACCAAGGGCACCGUGCCAAACCUUGUCGAAGGCGAGGAAUACGAAUUUAGAGUUAUCGCUGUUAACAAAGGAGGCCACAGCGAGCCCAGUGAAGCAUCGGCUCCUGUAAUUGCCAAACCAAGAUUCUUGGCACCGAACUUCAACAAGACUCUUUUAGAAGAUCUAGUUGUCAAGGCGGGUAACCGCAUUGCUUGGGAAAUUCCAAUUGAGGCAUCCCCCAAGCCGAAGGCACAAUGGGUACUUAAUGGCAAGGAAUUGCAUUCGACCGACAGAAUGGACAUGUACGUGUCCAUGACAAAGGUCACAUUUGAAAUUCCAUUCUCACUUAGAUCAGAUACCGGAAGGUACACCCUUACAUUGACAAACGACCUGGGCACAUGCUCGGCAUCAGCCAACGUACUUGUCAUCGACCGUCCAAGUCCACCCCAGCCACCUCUCGAAGUAAAUGGAGUUACCAAAGACUCUGCUCGUAUUAGCUGGCGCAUACCAUUAGACGAUGGAGGCUCUCCAAUUCUUCAUUACAUUAUUGAAAAAAUGGAUGUAUCUCGUGGAACCUGGUCUGAUGCUGGCAUGUCUACAUUUACCCAUCACGAAAUUACCAGAUUAAUCCACAAGAAGGAGUAUUACUUCCGUGUGAAAGCCGUUAACUCUGUAGGUGAAUCCGAAGCAUUGGAAUUACCAAGAAGCAUUAUUGCUAAGAACGAGUUUGACGAACCCGAUGCUCCUGGAAAACCACAAGUUACUGAUUGGGAUAAGGAUCGCGUAGACCUGGAAUGGUCUGCACCUAAGAACGACGGUGGUUCUCCUGUCACUGGUUAUAUCAUCCAGAAGAAGGAGAAGGGAAGCCCAUACUGGAGUAAUGCCGCAACCGUACCAUCAAACAAAACCAAUGCCAGAGUACCAGAUUUAGUUGAAGGUCAAGAAUAUGAAUUCAGAAUUAUCGCCACCAACAAUGCCGGAAACAGUGAGCCAUCUGAGCCAUCUGACAUGGUUACUGCUAAGGCCAGAUACCUGGCACCAAAGAUUAAGACACCGCUCAAUGAUAUCCGUAUCAAGGCCGGCCUCAUUCUUCACAUCGAUAUCGACUUUGUUGGUGAACCAACACCAGAGGUAGAAUGGUCUGUAAACCAUAAGCCACUGGCUGCCGAUGAACGCACCACUGUCACAUCCAUCGGUCAUCAUACAAUUGUGCAUACUGUCAAUGCCAAACGCACUGACAGUGGUUUGUACCAUAUUCUCUUGAAGAACAGUUGUGGAAUUGACGAGGGCUCAUUCCAAGUCAUCGUCCUUGACCGUCCUGCUCCACCAGAAGGACCAUUGGAAUACGAAGAAAUUACAGCUCAAAGUGUCACACUAUCUUGGAAACCACCUAAAGAUAAUGGUGGUAGUGAAAUUACCGGUUACGUCAUCGAGAAACGUGAUCUUACGCACGGUGGUGGCUGGGUACCUGCUGUUAACUACGUGAAUCCCAAAAACACCCACGCUGUUGUACCUAGAUUACUUGAAGGAACCAAAUAUGAAUUUAGGGUUCUGGCUGAGAACAUGCAAGGUCGUUCAGAACCAUUGCAAACUGAGAAGCCAGUCGUUGCUAAAAAUCAAUACGAUGUUCCUGGUAAACCUGGAAAGCCCGAAUUGGUAGAUAGCGACAAGGAUCACAUUAAGAUCAAAUGGACUCCACCGAUCAGCAAUGGAGGAUCUCCUAUUGUGGGAUAUGAUGUCGAGAGACGUGACCGUGCUACUGGCAGAUGGAUCAAGGUCAAUAAAGAACCAGUUCGUUUGCAAGAAUUCUACGAUGAUCGUGUUCAAGAAGGACAUGCUUACGAAUACAGAGUAUCUGCUGUGAAUGCAGCUGGACCAGGAAAACCAAGCGACUCCUCAAAUGCUUUCAUUGCCAAACCCAUGAAAGAAAAACCGAAGUUGUGGUUGGAUGGAAUUAUUGGUCGUAAAAUUAAAGUACGUGCUGGAGAACCUGUUAAAAUUGACAUUCCAUUGUCUGGCGCUCCGAUUCCAAAGGUUGAAUGGAAGAAGAGUUCAAUCGUCAUUCCGGAAUCGAACAGAGUAUAUACUGAAACUAACAGCGAACAUACUUGUCUCCGCAUAGAAUCAUCCAACCGUGAUGAUUCUGCCAAAUAUACUGUCACAGCUACAAACGAGUACGGAUCCGAUUCCGGUGACAUUGAAGUUAUCGUUGUUGACAAACCUGGAAUUCCAAAGGGUCCAUUGCAAUACACUGAAACUACUCAAGAGACGGUGUCAUUGUCUUGGAAUCCACCAGAAGACGAUGGCGGUGGCGAUAUUACCAAUUACAUCGUAGAGGUCAGCGAAUUCGGUACAGACAGUUGGAGGCCAUGCCCUGGCUUCUGUCCAAGAACUUCCUUUACAGUCCGCGGACUGACCGAGGGCAAGAAAUACGUUUUCCGUGUUCGCGCCGAAAAUAUCUAUGGCGUUUCUGAGCCUCUUGAAGGAAAACCUGUCGUCGCAAAGAGUCCGUUCGAUCCACCAGGUCCACCAAGCCAACCCCAAGUUGUCGGCUACACUCCUUCCAGCUGCUCACUCAAAUGGAACCCACCAGCAGUCACUGGUGGCAAACCAAUUUCUGGUUAUUACAUUGAAAAACGCGAACGCGGGGGAGAUUGGCUCAAGGUCAACAAUUACCCUACACCAAACAACAGCUAUACCGUACAAGAUUUGCGUGAAGGAAACAAAUAUGAGUUCCGUGUUGUCGCAGUUAACGAAGCUGGUCCAGGAGAACCAAGCAGACCUACUGAGCCUAUUGUUGCUGGUCACCAAAGAUUUAAACCUGAUGCUCCAGAACCACCAAAGGCAGAUCGCAUUACCAAGAAUAGUGUUACUCUCAGCUGGAGACCACCACGUAACGAUGGAGGCUCCAAGAUCAAGGGUUAUAUUCUGCAAAAGAAACAAAAGGGCGAAACUGACUGGACCGACGUCAAUUCCAUACCAAUUUCCGGUAACGUGCACACCGUACCAAAUUUGAAGGAGGGCGAAGAAUACCAAUUCAGGGUGAUUGCUAUCAACGAAGUAGGACCAUCUGAACCGAGCAAACCCAGCCAAAUGAUUCUGAUCGAAGAACAACCAAAUAAACCAUGCAUGGAUCUCGGCGGUGUACGUGAUAUCACCGUUCGUGCUGGUGAAGAUUUCAGCAUUCAUGUACCAUACGUUGGUUUCCCGAAACCUGUUGCGACUUGGUUCGGAAACGACAAGAUCCUGGAUGAAUCUGACAGCAGGGUAUUCCCACAGUUGGCUGAUGAUUACGCCAGUGUCAUUGUAAAGAAUUCCAAGCGCAACGAUAGCGGACAAUACAGGCUGCAACUGAAGAAUCCAUCAGGUUUCGAUACUGCUACGAUCAAUGUGCGUGUAUUGGAUAGGCCAGGAAAGCCUGAAAAUCUUAGGGCUGAUGAAUUCGCCGGUGAUGCUUUGACUUUAUUCUGGCAACCACCUAAAGAUAAUGGUGGAGCUGAUAUCACCAACUACGUUGUUGAGAGAAAGGAAGCUAGAUCACCGACCUGGACCAAGGUCAGCAGCUAUGUUACCGUACCUUUCUUGCGUAUUCGCAAUUUAACAUUGGGUAAGGAUUACGAGUUUAGAGUAUUCGCUGAAAAUCAAUACGGCCAAUCUGAGCCCGCUGUCACCGCGGAACCGAUUCGUGCCCGCCAUCCAUUUGAUGUACCUGGAGCACCAGGUUCUCCAAGAGGAAUCGAAACAUCCGAAGAUUCUAUCACUAUCCAAUGGAACAAACCUCGCCAUGAUGGAGGCUCUCCUAUCACGGGUUACGUGAUCGAAAAACGCCUCACCACCGAAGACAAAUGGACCAGGGCUGCUCAUGCAUUGAUUCCUGACUUAUCCCACAAAGUUAUCAAUUUGAUUGAAAACCACGAGUAUGAGUUCCGUGUAGCUGCUGUGAAUGCCGCAGGCCAAGGUCCAUGGAGUCCAGCAUCUGAUAUAAUCGUAUGCAGGGCACCACCUUGUGCCCCGAGGAUCACUUCUGAUUUGAGCAUUCGUGACAUGGUUGUGAUUGCCGGAGAAGAAUUCAAAAUAACCGUGCCAUACGUCGCCACGCCCAAACCUAAAGAGAGCUGGACCAUAAAUGGAGAUGAAGUCAUUCAGGAUAACAGAAUCAAGUUUGAAACUACGCAAAUAGCAUCGAUUUAUUGCAACAAGAGUGCCAAACGCUCCGACAGCGGAAGCUAUACCAUCAAGCUUACCAAUUCAGUCGGUUCCGAUUCUGCCUCAUGCAGAGUCUUGGUCGUCGAUAAGCCACAGAAACCACAAGGUCCACUUGACGUAUCCGACAUCACACCAGACAAUUGUUCGCUUGCUUGGAGGCCACCUCUGGAUGACGGAGGUUCUCCGAUCACCAAUUACAUUGUGGAGAAAUUGGAACCAAGCGGUAUUUGGGUAAAGGCUAGCAGCUUUGUUCGCAGUACCCAUUAUGACGUGAUGGGUCUUGAACCAAACCGUAAAUACAGCUUUAGAGUUAGGGCUGAAAACCAGUAUGGCAUUAGUGAGCCAUUAGAAACCGACGAACCCAUCACAGCUAAAUUCCCCUUCACUGUACCAGAUGCACCGGGUGCACCUCGUGUCACCGACUGGGAUUCUAGCACUAUCUACUUGCACUGGGACCGUCCUAACAAUGAUGGUGGUUCUCGCAUCCAAGGUUAUAAGUUAGAAUAUCGUGACGUGGCUGACUCCAACUGGACAUCUGUCAGCGACUAUUUGGUCAAGGAAACUCAUUUCGAUCUGUUCAACAUGAUGACAGGACAUGAAUACGAAUUCAGGGUGCGCGCUAAGAACGCCGCCGGUUUCAGCAAACCAUCAGCAUCCUCUACAAGAUUCAAGCUUAAGGGCAAGUUCAACGUGCCUGCGCCACCAGGAGCACCGAAGGUCGUGAAAGUUGGCAAGAGUUAUGUCGACCUUACAUGGGAGGUGCCAAGUAGCGACGGUGGUUCUAGGAUCACUGGUUAUGUUAUUGAGAAGCGCGAAAUCGGCAGCCCACUUUGGACCAAGUGCAACGAGUACAAUGUUACCGAUACAAAUUACACCGUUCUCAACUUGAUCGAGAAAUCUGAUUACGAAUUCCGUAUAUUCGCCGUAAAUGCUGCAGGAAGGAGUGAACCUAGUGCAUGCACAACUCCAGUCAAAGUAUGUGAAGUUCUUGGUGGUGAGAAGCCAGAAUGGGUACGUACCUUGAACAAUACCGUCGUUCCAUUAGGAAGAACUUUGACGCUCGAAUGCGAAGCCUACGGUAAACCUAUUGCUACUUAUAGGUGGCUGAGAAAUGGUAGGGAAAUCUCUUUGACUGGUAGAUUUAGAUAUGAAACUAAGGGAAGUGUUGCUUACCUGUACGUCUCCGAUGUUCUUGAUAUCGAUGACGGAGACUACACUUGUGAAGCCAGUAACUCGCUGGGAUCGGUCACGACCACAGCUCGCGUCAAAGUUGGAUCACCACCGAGGAUUGAACGCAUGCCCGGAGACUUGUACUUGCCAGAAAAUGAUAAUACAAAGAUCAAGAUCUAUUAUUCCGGCGACCAACCGCUUGACGUUACACUCACCAAGAACGGCGUUAAAGUUGAAGAAUCAGAACACAUUAAAUACACCGUAUUUGAUGACUACAUCAUUAUCUUUAUCAGAGGCAUCAGAAAGGACGAUGCUGGAAAUUACAAUCUCACUGUUAAAAAUGAUUCCGGAUCUGCGUCUGGCAACUUUACCGUAUUCAUUACCGGUUUGCCUGGUGCACCAAUUGGACCUCUCGAUGUAUCCGACAUUACCAAACAUACCUGCAAUCUUAGCUGGAAACCACCUAGCUAUGACGGCGGUCUUCGCAUUACCCACUAUGUAGUCGAACGAAAGGAUAUCUCACUGUCGCACUGGAUCACAAUUUCCUCAUCCUGCAAAGAUACACACUUCAUGGUGCAGGGUUUGACGGAGGGACAAGAAUAUCUGUUCCGUGUAAUGGCUGUGAACGAUAAUGGAAUGGGACCACCAUUGGAAGGAACCAACCCAAUAAAGGCAAAGGCUCCAUUCGAUCCACCAUCACCACCUGGUAUACCUAAGGUUACUCAAGUCGGAGGCGACUUUGUCAACCUUGAAUGGACCAAGCCGGAAUCCGACGGAGGAGCGCGCGUCCAAGGCUAUUGGAUAGAUAAGAGGGAAGUUGGAAGCAAUGCUUGGCAGCGUGUGAACGUUGCAAUUUGCUUGCCAACUCAAAUCAAUAUUUCGAACUUGAUUGAAGGACGUCAAUACGAAUUCCGUGUCUUCGCACAGAACAUUGCCGGAGUUUCUGAACCGUCCUCAGCUUCAUCAUCUGUGAAGAUCAUUGAUCCGAUGGCAGCCACACCACCAGAAAUUAUCAAACCACUUAAGAAUGCAAAUUGCAUUCAGAAUCACAAUGCUCAAUUCCAGUGCACUAUUAUUGGAGUGCCCAAACCAACCAUCACCUGGUACAAGGGAGCCCGAGAGAUCACCAGUGGAUCAAGGUAUCAUAUCUACAAUGAAGAUGAUGUCUACCACCUUACAAUUGCCGAUGUUUACGGAGAAGACGCCGAUGAGUACGUUUGCCGAGCUGUUAAUAAGGGUGGCGUAAAAUCCACUCGCGCUGAACUUAUUAUAAUGACUCCACCCAAAUUGAACAUUCCACCACGUUUCCGUGAUACUGCAUUCUUCGAUAAAGGUGAGAACGUUGUUAUUAAGAUUCCAUUCACUGGAAAUCCAAAGCCCAGAAUUUCAUGGGUCCGUGAGGGAGAGAUGAUCGAAUCCGGCGGACACUACCAUGUUGAAGUUAAAGACAGACACGCAAUUCUUACGAUUCGCGAUGGUAGCAAACUAGACAGUGGUCCAUACAGGAUAACUGCUGAGAAUGACCUUGGUCAAGACUCUGCUAUCAUUAAAAUUCAAAUUAGCGACCGACCAGAUCCACCUAGAUUCCCAACUGUUGACAGUAUUGGUGUUGACUCCUUGGCUCUGUCUUGGAAGGCACCAUUGUGGGAUGGAGGCAGUAAUAUCACUAAUUAUCUGGUCGAGAAGCGUGAACACAAACUGCAAACUUGGCUUAGAGUUGGUAACACCAGAUUUACAACAAUGGCCAUUAGUGGUCUGGCACCAGGACAUCAAUACGAAUUCAGAGUUUAUGCUGAGAACGUAUACGGACGCUCCGAACCAUCUGAAAUGAGCACCCUGGUAACCACCAAGGAUACAGGAAAGAAGAAGGAACAGAGAAGAAAGUACGAAGUCGACGAGAACGGCAAGAAGAUCCGUUCAUCUCACAAAGAGCCCAUUAAGGACUACGAUCAAUACGUAUUUGACAUCUACUCGAAAUUCGUACCACAACCCGUUGAAAUUAAGACCAGAAGUGUUUAUGAUGAUUAUGACAUUUUGGAGGAGAUCGGUACCGGUGCAUUUGGUGUUGUACAUAGGUGCCGUGAACGCAAGACCGGUAAUAUUUUCGCUGCCAAAUUCAUUCCUGUUACCCAUGCCAUGGAAAAGGAGUUGAUUCGCAAAGAAAUCGACAUUAUGAAUCAAUUGCAUCAUCCCAAACUCAUCAAUCUUCACGAUGCCUUCGAAGAUGAUGACGAGAUGGUACUUAUUUACGAAUUCCUUUCUGGUGGUGAACUGUUUGAACGUAUCACUGCUGAAGGAUAUCAAAUGUCCGAAGCCGAGGUUAUCAAUUAUAUGAGACAAAUUUGCGAAUCUAUCAAGCACAUGCACGAGAAGAAUAUCAUUCAUUUGGAUAUCAAACCAGAGAAUAUUAUGUGCCAGACUCGCAAGAGUACAAACAUCAAACUCAUCGAUUUCGGUUUGGCCACCAAGUUGGAUCCAAAUGAAGUUGUCAAAAUUUCGACUGGCACAGCUGAAUUUGCUGCUCCUGAAAUUGUGGAAAGAGAACCGGUUGGUUUCUACACAGACAUGUGGGCCGUCGGUGUUUUGGCAUACGUUCUUUUGAGCGGACUGUCACCGUUCGCUGGUGAAAAUGAUAUCGAAACCCUAAAGAACGUUAAGGGUUGCGAUUGGGACUUUGAUGAAGAAACUUUUACUAAUGUCUCCGAGGAAGGCAAGGACUUCAUUAGGAGGCUUUUGCUCAAGAACAAAGAGAAACGCAUGACUGCACAAGAGUGCUUAGUCCACUCUUGGCUGACUGGAGACCACAGCAAGAAAACAAAGAUUAUCGAACAAUCCAGAUACUUGAAACUACGUGACAAGAUUCGCUCCAGAUAUGAAAACUGGGAUUCGUUCACCCUGCCAAUUGGCCGCUUAUCUAAUUAUUCGUCGCUACGCAAAUUACUUAUGGAGAAAUAUAAGAUACACGACACAUAUUUCGAUCGAAGACAAGCAGCGCCUAGAUUCGUCAUUAGGCCACAAAGUGCAUUCUGUUAUGAAGGACAGAGUGUUAAAUUCUACUGCAGAGUUGUUGGAAUCGCAACACCAACUUUGAGCUGGUACCACAACAACCAAGAACUUAGGCAGAGCGUUAAAUUCAUGAAGCGCUAUGUCGGCGAUGAUUAUUACUUCAUCAUUAAUAGAGCCAAGUUACAAGAUCGUGGAGAAUACGUCAUCCGCGCUGAAAAUCACUACGGAUCCAGGGAAGAAGUAGUAUUCCUCAACGUGCAACCAUUGCCAAAGGUUGUACCAGAGUACAGACCAGAAACACAACCGACUCGCAGAAGGGAACCGCUUCCGUACACAUACUGGCAGGAAGAACAAGAAUGCGCUCCCAGCUUCACCUUCCUGUUGCGUCCGCGUGUUAUGCAAGCUAAAGACACCUGCAAGCUGCUUUGCUGUCUUAGCGGCAAGCCUUUCCCCACCGUUAAAUGGUACAAGGACAAACGCGAACUUAGCAAAUACGAAUACUCCAUGUCACAUUCUGAUGGUGUGGUUACAAUGGAAAUCGUCGGAUGCAGACAAUCUGACUCCGGUAGAUACAGCUGUGUAGCCACUAAUGCACAUGGCACGGACGAAACCAAUUGCGUAGUCAUCGUGGAAGGUGCCAACGAGACAGACGAACAGAGUCAAUUGGCACACAAGUUCCUCUAUUCUGGAGAUCGCAAAUAUAUCGAGCAACCCAUAAAACCAGCACCUAUCCCUGUGACUAUCAAGAAAAAUAUUACACAACAAAGGCCGAAUAGUUUGAACUUGUCGUCUUCUUCGGCAAGUUUAAAUGUUAACGACAGGUCCCCGAAAAGGUAUGGCGGUAGGUUGGAUUCCACCGGCACAGGUAGUCCGAACAGAUCCAGGAACUCAACUAAGGAAUUAGCCCUCCCACCAGAUGAUUCCACGAUGUGCGUUCCCAGAUUCUCCAAGGAAUUGAAGGAUUUGACUGUCGCCGACGGCGAAUCCUUGACAUUGACCUGCCACGUGAAGGGUGAUCCCGAACCCCAGGUCACCUGGACUAAGAACAACAAACCAUUAAGUUCCUCAGAAGUAGUAGAUCUUAAGUAUAAGAACGGAAUUGCUACCCUAUUAAUCAACGAAGUGUAUCCGGAAGACGAGGCGGUGUACGCUUGCAAGGCUGUUAACUCCGUCGGAAGCGUAGAAACAACAUGUAAAUUGAGCGUAAAACCCAUGGGAAAUGUGAACGGUAAGAAAAAGUCCGGUGAUGAUAAACCACCCAGGAUCGUGAGUCACCUCGAAUCGGCAUUCGUGAAGGAUGGCGAACCAGUGACACUAUCCUGCAGGAUCAUCGGAAGCGACAAGUUCGACGUUAUUUGGCUGCACAACAACAAGGAAAUCAAACCGAGCAAAGACUUCAAGUACAGCAACGAGGCAAAUAUUUAUAAGCUGGAGAUCGCAGAAAUAUUCCCGGAGGAUUCGGGCGCGUACACCUGCGAGGCGUUUAACGACAUCGGCGAGAGCUUCAGCAGCUGUACGUUGAACGUGGUCGUCCCUGGCGAGCAGCCGAAGAGCCCCGUCUUCAAAACAUUCCCAAUAUCCGCGACGGUUUCAGAGGGCGAGGCGGCUUCAUUCGCUGCCGAAACCGAAGACGAACCUCUACAGAUCAACUGGCUCAAGGACGGAAAACCGAUCAAGGAGAGCAUCUCCAAGUACAGCUUCACUGCGGACGGAAAACGCUAUACCAUCAAGAUAUUGUCCUGCGACUCGAACGACGUCGGCCAGUACCAAGCCAAGGCGAUUGGCAAGAAGAGUGAGACCUUGGCAGCGUUCUCGCUCAACGUCGUUCCGCCCAACGACCUCUAAAACGCCCCGACAAGCAAUUUUUAUUUUUCCUUUUCUUUCGUUUCAUUUACUUACUUAUUAUUUAUUAAUUUAUUUACCCAUUAUUUUACAACGAACGACUUGCUCCGAUUAUGUAAUUCAACUAUCAUGUAUACUAUUCAUAUUUAAGGAAUGAGGAAGAUUAUCAAACUGAGAGACUGCAAAGAAAAUGCAGUCCACAAUGCAUCGAAUCGUUGCUUGGUAGCAAUCAGAAGACACGCACCGCCAGCAUCCUCAACUCAAAACUUCAACAUCUCUAAGGUGCGCUGUCGGAGAAUGCAUGUCUAGCUUCGAUUCGAUUUUCUGACACUCAUUUCGUUUAUAAUUAAAACCAAAUCAGGAGCAAUUACUCUCGAAUAUAACUUGUACUUUAACUAACGGUAUGAAGAGAUUAUUUAAUUUCGUGUGAUAUUGCUUGAGCCGUCUUUUCAUUCAGCCAUACUCGAUUUAUUUAAUUUAAUAUUGUUUACGUUGUUCAUACUGCAUUGUCGCUUGCGCAAAGCCACACACAUACUCUGUAUCAUAUUAUGUAAAAAUACAAAAAAAAAAGAAAAA